CAUAACCUAGAAGAAGCUCAUCAUGGGUAUCCAGGGUUUGACCGGCUUCAUAGAUCAGUGUGGAACACUUUUAAAAGACGGUCAUUUCAGAAACAGCAAGGUGGUCAUAGAUGGUAGUAAUAUCUAUCACUUUCUUUAUUUUAACUCAAGUGUGGAUCAGCAGCAUGGAGGGGAUUAUGAAGACAAUGUCUGCAAGUUCUUUAAGGCGCUGAGAGAUUGUGGCAUUGAACCUUAUGUGAUUAUAGACGGAGGCUCCGACCACAACGACAAAAAGUUUGAAACUCUCAGAAAACGAGCUGAAUCAAAGAUCGACACAGCCAACAAGUUGUCCAGGGGGCUUUGCAGGGACAGGAUAAUACCAACCCUUGCCAGACAAGUCUUUAAACAGGUUAUGUCCAGCUUAAGGGUCCCGUUCGCACAGGCUAUUUUUGAGGCAGACCAAGAAAUAGCCUCACUGGCUCAAAGGUGGAACUGUCCGGUCCUGUCUAAUGACAAUGACUUUUAUAUUUUUGACAUCCAGGCAGGAUUUCUUCCCAUGUCCCAUUUUCAGUGGCAGAACUCGUCAGUGCAAAAUGACAUCCCCUGCAAGCGGUACACCACAACAAGCUUCUGCAGACACUUCAACAUCAACAGCCAGCUUCUCCCAGUCUUCGCUGCCAUCGCAGGAAACGACUAUGUCAACUUGAAUAAGAUGGGCUUUUCCUUCAGGUGGAAAGACAACUCGCCAAUGGGACCCAAUCGAAAGCCAAGGUUUGUCUUUUUCAACAAGUUGCUGAAAUGGCUGGCCAGUUUCCAGGAGAAGCAGGAUGCCUUGGAAAAUGUGCCCCUCAUUCGUCAUGGGGAAAACGACAUGGAUACUGCCCUCCAGGCCCUCUUUCAGGGCAUAGAAACAUACCAGAUUCAACCCGAAUGCCUGGAGCGUUUCUUCAAUGAUGGCGAGGCUCCUGAUCCCGGCCUUCUCCCAGUCCAUCUGAGUGUCCUUCCAGACUGGACCCUGCUGCCGUUGACGAAGGGGACACUUCCCCCCUACAUGAUAUACAUUCUGCAGCGGAGGCCAGUGAUACAAGGUGUCCAAGUGGAAGAUCACAGCUUGCCCAGUGGGAACAUCACCUCUCGGCACAUACGGCAGGUAUUCUACGGGAUGCUGCUGGGUGAGGGGAGUGAAGUGGAGGAGUACGACAGGGAAGACACAAACCUGACCAGCAGCAUGGUUACAGCCAUCCUGCCCAGUGCUGCACAACAGCUGCAGCUGGCCAUGUUGAAUCAGGCUCCACAUUCAGUGCGGCUUGAGGUGUUUUUGGAGACCGUUGGUGUGUCCCAGUCCACUUUGAAUGGUGUCCCACCUCACCUGAGACUUGCUAUGGCUGUUACCUACUACUGGCAGAGGCGCGCCCAUCCCCGACCAGACCUUCCUCUCCUGCAGGCCCUACUACUAGGACUGGUGUAUGCAGAGUUCUGCAGACAGAGGAAGAGCCAGAGAGGGUUUAUAGAGGGACCAGUGUUGGAGAGGAUGAGAGGACUGAUUCAGAGACAUGCUUUGAGUCCAGACCUGGGUGUGGCCCACGUCUUUAGCCAAUGGAAUCGUUGCAUGAGGGAUGGCCUUGACCUGAACCAACUGCUGUGUCUCCCUCUACCUGAACCUCAGUGUGCCUGGCUGUACAAAGGAACUCUGCUGCACCAGCUUGUGGGCCAACUGAGACGGGGGGUGACCCCGGAUUCUCUCCUGAUGGAAGACCCUUCCUCUGUGCAGCUGUACAGAGCCAUGCUGGAAGCCAUACUCAACUCCUAGGAAGCUGAGACCACUGGACAACCUGAUGGACCCUCCACAGAUUCUGGUGCUGGAGGAAGAAGAGGGUAUAAAGGACUCUCUUUGAGCUGGAAGAACCUGUCGACUGCUGGAACAAGAUUUUUGCUUUCACUUUUUAGCUUGAGAUAUUUUAAGGUUUUUAUUCUACUUGGUUAAAAGUAACAUUCUCAGAGGAAUCGUUAAGGUGACCUCAUUGACAGAGGUGUGUUAACGUCGCUGUUAGAGUUUUUUUAGACACCAACUGAGGGACUGAUCAUCUUGAGGGGGAGACAAAGAGCCGUUUAUAAAUUGUAGAAGGUUUUUCUUGUUAUUAUUGUCAUUAAAUAUUGUCCUUCUGAUAAAAUUGUGAUCGACAAAUAACAUUUUAUUGGCACAUCCCACUAAUGGUUUAAGGGCGCUGGAGGCAUCUAUAAAGUUAAUUAAUGGUUGAUUUGAUCUUAUCAUUGAUUUGUGAUAUUGAUUUGUGAUUGGUUGAUUUGUGAUAUUGAUUUGUGAUUGGUUGAUUUGUGAUAUUGACACCCCCGGACAGGGCCAAACAGGAAGGAUAUAACCCCAUCCACUUUGCCAAAGCACAGCCCCCACACCACUAGAGGGAUAUCUUCAACCACCAACUUACCAUCCUGAGACAAGGCCGAGCAUAGCACACAAAUAUCUCCGCCACGGCACAACCCAAGGGGGGGGGGGUGUAAUUUUAGCAUCUGGUUAGUUAGUCUAUCGGGAACCUGAGUUGCUGGUAUAAAGGAGCCUGAGACCCAACUAUAGGUAGGAGUUAUAAGAGGGACUAAGCCAACCCAGGGGCAGGCAGCCCAUUCAGUGUGCUGAGGUUGAAACUCUGGCCCGGACGAUCCUGAAAAGGCACAAGGUUUAUUGGUUCAGGGUGAGGGAGCAUAGGCACUCGACUUUGGGGAUAUCCCACUUUACUGUAAGGCCCUUACCGUUGAGUUUGAGGAACAGUCCCUUGCUGUGUACUAGGUCAGUAGACAGGGGUGAGUUCAAUUGUUAAAUCCUGCAUAGGUGGUAUUUUAGUUUUGACAGUACCUUAAAUAAGGAUCCGCCCCUUUUUUCAAUGUUCUCCUAAAAUGACCCAAUACCCAAAUCUAACUGCCUGUUGCUCAGGCCCUGAAGCAAGGAUAUAGAUAUUCUUGGUACCAUUUGAAAGGAAACACUUUGAUGUUUCUGGAAAUGUGAAAGGAAUGUAGGAGAAUAUAACACAAUAGAUCUGGUAAAAAUAUUACAAAUAGAAAAACAAACGUUAUUUUUGUAUUUCUUUUGUACCAUCACCUUUGAAAUGCAAGAGAAAGGCCAUAAUGUAUUAUUUCAUCCCAGCUGCAAUUUAGAUUUUGGCCAGUAGAUGGCAGCAGUGUAUGUGAAAAGUUUUAGACUGAUCCAAUGAACCAUUGCGUUUCUGUUCAAAGUGUUGUGUCAAGACUGCCCAAAUGUGCCCAAUUUUUUUAUUAAUAACUUUCAUGUUCAAAACUGUGCACUCUCCUCAAACAAUAGCAUGGUAUUAUUUCACUGUAAUAAGUACUGUACAUUGGACAGUGCAGUUAGAUUAACAAGAAUUUAAGCUUUCUGCCAAUAUCAGAUAUGUCUAUGUCCUGUUCUUGUUACUUCCAACCUCAUGCUAAUCGCAUUAGCCUACGUUAGCUCAACUGUCCCGUGGAAGGGACAUCGAUCCUGAAGUAGUUUUAAUGUUAAAAACAAAGUUUAUGACAGUUGCUAAUUAUUUUAACUAUAAAAUAUGUUUCUAAAUUAUACAUUAAAAGAUACAUUUUAUAAAGGAUAAAAUCGAAAAAUAAAAGUUAUACGUUUGACCAGGUUUUAUUUGUUUUAUAUAUCAUUGCUGUCAAAAAGUGGCUUUGAGUCUUUGAAAAAGUGCUACAUAAAUCCCAUAUAUUGUUAAUGUUCCGUUAUUGCAGCAAAUUGUUAUGAAAUAUUUGAUGUACAUGCUUUAAUGAAAGACUAGAAAAAUAAA